UCAGUGACUUUGUUGAGAUCAACAGCCAACAGAUGCUCUCUCCAGCUCUGCUAUCGUUGUCUGGAUUGCAGGACAGGAUCUUGCUCCACUUUUCCAUCUCAGAGAGGGUUGGGGUCCUCAGGCUGCUCUCACAUCUGUGCUCGUUAAAUGUCAUUAUUUAACUACAAAGAGGACACUUUUGCUUCAAUGACUAGAAGGUAAAUAUGAACCAUGAAGAAAAUGAUAGUAAUGAAAAGGAUAAUGAAGUGUUAUAAUCAUGUACCUGUUAUCUGGUGAGAGCAGCGUGAUUCAACAAUGAGACGGUGUCUGUUUACAUGAUAAUAACCAGAUGAAGGUUUUAAAAGAGUGUUUGAGGAGCAGAGAAAGAAAAGUGGGAGAGGGGAAGAGAUCAGAUGUGGAUGGGAGGGGGAGAGGAAGAGACACAGAGGGAGAAAACACAAGUGAUGAAGAGGCUGCACAGAGCGAGUGAGGCAGGCUGCAGCAGAUGCUCAGUAAAGAGUAGAGGAGGAAUGCAACAGAAGAGCGCUGGCUGCUAACAGAGAGAGAGAGACUUUUGGAGGUGCCUGAGACCUCUGCCUGGAGCCACUUACAUGCUCCUAUCAACAGGAGAGAGUUCAGGCUGCCAUGCUGCCCUGCAGGGUGCUCAUUGUCUGCCUUUUCUACUGCUGCAUCAGAGUGGGGGUCAGGACAUCCAAACAAGCCCUCUUUCCAGCUGCAAGCAGAGCCAAGAGAGGGGCAGAAGCAGGGGGAAAGCUCACAUUUCAAAACUCCCUGGAGGAUGUUAACCUGUUAUAUGAGAUCCUGCUGGCUGGCACACGCUUUGAGACCAGCGGGGAGUUUUCAGUGCACGAUGCCGAGCUGGCUUCAAUGCGCAAGACAAAAAACCUGGAAGUCAUCUGUGAGGAGAUCAUUCCCAGGACGCUUAUCGACAUAGUUACACUCAUCUCUAAUCUUUCAAGUCAUACUGGUGAUUUGCACCCGGACGAUUUUGAGCAUAUCUUGUUGACCCUGGUUUUUACUGCCCAGCAGAUGGCCUCCUCCAACGAACAGCAGAGAGAAAUGUGGGCAGAGUCCUUUGUUAGUUUGUACAAAGCCAUCAAGCAGGACCUGACAGGGAAACACUGAAGAGAUUCAGGCUGUGCACUGGCUCCAUGUAGGAGUUUAUUAUACACAUAUCAAAUACCUUUUUUUAAAUAUCCUUUAAAAUAAGUGCACUUUGAAACAAUGCAUCUUGUCGAACUGCAGGACAUGAGGAGCCUUUGUGAAACGUCCUGCAGACAAACUGUUGCCACAGUUUGAUAAAGUGCAUCGACUGAGCAAAAUCAUAAAAAUACUGACUGUCAAAGGCACGUUGUUUCAAACAUGAGGUACUGUAUAUACAUGGUUACAAGCUUGGAUUUGCAUGUUAGCACACUGACAUGUUGGAUUUACUUGUAUUCUUUUCUCUUCAGUGUUUGCUCUCUAGCACCCUCACCUUUAAGGCAAAUAAAAUCAUAAAAACUAGUAUAAAAAUCAAGCUUUCACCCAAAAGAUCAGUGUUGCUCUAUGAAUACAAAUUACUUGAAAGAAAAGCAAAUGAAUUGAAGAUUGUAUAUAAAUGUCAGCAUUUUAUCAUUGAUACUUUACAAAAAAUCCAUGAACACUAACUACAAGUCCAUGUGUUGACAGAUCUAAUGCAAGAUGCCACUUGCAAAUGUCACCUCAGAGUGUCAUGUGAAAAACUGUGCCCAUGUUUCUACAGUACAGAGUCUUUGAAGAUGAACAGGAGGUCCAAACUAAGCUGCCUCUAACGGUAAAGUUUCAGAAAAAUCCUACUCAUGGCACUCUGAAGAGAGUACACUGCUCAGAGAGUGACUCCGAUGAUGAGCUGUGGAGGCUCUGGAUGUCCCAGUGGCUGCUUUGGCUCCAGGGCGGCGCUCUCCAGCGAGGUGGACUCACCAGGAGGGCAGAAAGGUAUGUAGCGGAGCCAGGAGGAAGACGAGUAAGAGCUGAAGCCGAAGGGAAGGUCGUAGACUUCUCCGCUCUCAAGAGUGUUGCUGGAGUCGUCCUCGUGGGCCUUGUUCCACGCCAAAAUGCCUCGUUCAUGCUUGGAUCCUGUUGGACAUGUUUAAAAUGUGUUAAACAAUGCCUCGAGAUGAAAUCACUGAAUCUGCCUUUGUGAUAUUUUCUCAUUUAAAUUGUUUUUUUUCACAAAGCUGGGGAAUUCUUUAUA